AUGACCACUCCUAAUGUUCCUGCUGUUAAGAAGAGGAAGGAAUUAGAUUCUAGAUCCAUAGUGUGGGAGCACUUUGAAAAGAUCAAAGAUGUUGAUAAUAAAGUGAUUAAAGGCAAAUGCCUUUACUAUGAAAAACAGUAUAUUUGUGAAACUAAAAAACAUGGCACAUCAUCAUUAAGAAAUCAUAUGGUGAGUUGUCUUAAAAAUCCACAUUCAAAGGAUACAAGGCUGUCUCUACUCACAUUCAACACUCUGUCCACUUCUGAGAGUGGAACAGAGGCUCCUAAGGGUGGAACAGAGGCUCCUGAGGGUGUUUUGGUGACAUGGGUAUUUAAUCAAGAUGCCAUUAGGAGGGCCAUUUGUAAGAUGAUAAUCAUAAAUGAGUUCCCUUUUAGGUUUGUAGAGGGUCAUGGGUUCAAGAGGUUUAUUCUGGUUGCUUGUCCUAGGUUUCUUAUCCCUUCUAGGUGGACCAUUUCUAGGGGCAUCUACCAAAUUUUCCUUGAUGAGAGGCUAAACCUUAAGAAGUUGUUUAGAGUGGGCACUCAAAGGUUUCUUCUCAUAAGGGGGGAGUACAUUGCAAAAGCCCUAGAGAGUUGUUUAUUAGAGUGGGGAAUUAAGAAUGUGUUUACUGUAACAGUGGACAAUGCUUCCUCUAAUGACACAGCUACGGUGUUUUUUAAGAGUAAACUGUUAUCUUGGGGUUCUUCUUCUGUUAAGGUUCAGUACAUGCACAUGAGGUGCAUAGCCCAUAUCCUGAAUUUAGUGGUCCAAGAUGGGUUGAAGUUUGCAGAUGAGUCAGUCAAGAGGGUGAGGAAUGUAGUAAGAUGGGUUAGGAACUCACCAGCGAGGCUGACAAAGUUUAGAGAGUUUGCUGAACUAUUUGGUGUGGAAGCUAAAUCAGCUUUGCAUCUUGAUGUCCCUACAAUGUGGAACAACACCUACAUUAUGCUCAACACUGCAGUUCAAUAUCAAGUAGUGUUUGAUGCAUAUGAAAGAAAUGACCCCUCUUAUUCCGCUGACUUGGGAAGUGCUCCUUCCUUCUUGGAUUGGUGUUUUGUGGAAAGCUUAGUGAAGCUGUUGAAAGCAUUUUAUGAUAUGACAGUGGAGAUCUCUGGUUCACUUUAUGUCACAUCCAACACAUUCUUCUCUGAGAUCUCUAAUCUCAGUUGCAUGCUUGAAGCUAUGGUGAACUCUGUUCAUGAGACUGAAAAGGUAAUGGGGACACAAAUGAGAAACAAGUUUGACAAAUAUUGGAGGGGUCCAGAAAAAAUGAACUCUAUCAUUUUUUUUGCCAAUAUUCUGGACCCCAGAGAUAAGGAGGAGUGCAUGUCUCAUCAGUUUGGCACAUUUCAUCUCAGUUCCUCAACUUGCUCCUGUUGGGGAAUCGGCCCUGAAUGUAAAAGUGUACUGCAAGAAAUUACUGAACUCGUUGACAAGAAGGUUGCAUCUAAUAGUAAAGAAACUAAGCCAUUUUUGGUUAGCAUCGACUACGAGCAAGAAAGUGAUGGCGAGCAAUGGUGA